AUGAAUGCGCCGUAUACAGUAGUUCGCGAGUCGGACUCGUACGACCGCUUCUUUUGGCUCUACUAUCGUUUGGGAAUCCAGUCAAGCAUCACAGUCGGCGCUACCUAUACGAGCUCUGCUAGGGGUGCCCUUGCGAAAACAGCGGUAGUUGCUGCCGUACGGGCUGUGGUUGAAGCACAGCCACGUCUGCGAUAUGUCUGCAUUCCUCAGCGCCAGGGAGAGGUAACCAAGUUGCAGAUAGCAGUCCUGAACGAGAUCAAUGUGGAGGACUGCAUUGUCUUUGUCGACGACGAUGACGGAGCUGGUAUGGACGAGAAACUGUUGGAAAGGCUUCACAACACAUGGUUCGACGAAUGGCGUGCGGAUGAGCCGACAGCGCCGCAAUGGAAAGUGUUUGUCAAGGGGGGCGUCCACGUGCUCUUCGCAUGCACGCAUGCGGUGGCUGACGGGAUUUCGGGCUAUGUCUUUCACCGAGAGUUUCUGACGGCUCUGAACGAUUUGCCCCCUUCCAUGAUAGAGCAGCCGGUGCCGCCCACCAUUGCCCGGUCCAAUGGCCAGGUGGCCGAGGCGGGCGCCGUGAAGCUCUCUCCGACAAAUGUCCUGCCCAAGCCGGAGCUCUUGGCCAUCCUAUGGCACACUUUCGUGUCUUGGAUUCUGCGCGUUGUCUAUAGCAAAAGCCGCCUCAACAACGACUUCCCCCCUUCAAAGCCCUAUUUCAAGGACAUUAGCAAGAUACCGGCGGCGGAGGAUUGCACCCAGUCGGGAGUGACCGUCCGCAGGAUCCCGGCGGCCGAUCUUGCCAAGAUCCUAGCAGCUUGCCGGGAAAACGGCGCCCAGCUGACGCCGCUCCUCUUGAUCCUGUUCAUCGCCACCCUGGCACUCGACCACGAACCCGACGCGUCCAUGACGACGGCGUGCCUGCCAUAUAACAUGCGGCCCUUCCUGCCAAUGGACCAGUUCGAGAAGGGGAGCAGUCCCUCGGGCGCGGGAGUGAUGAUGAAUGCCGCCGGGGGUGCGCAGCGGCCCUUGUUCCUGGCGCCCAUCAGGAAGCUGUUUCCGGACGGGAAGGUGGACGGUACCGCGCUGUGGAAGUACGUCCGGGACUUUAAGGCGGACCUGGCGCAGAGGGGCAUCAAGCAGGCGCAGAAGGUCUAUGUUGCACCGAAGCUGUUCGACGACAGCCUGGAGACGGUAGUGAAGAAGGCGCUCCCUUCGGUAAACAUGGCGCACACCAUUUUGGUGUCGAACCUGGGAGUUUUCAAGCCAGUGCAAGAGGGAGGAGAGUGGUCUGUCACUGACGUUGUCUUCUCGGCCUCGGCAGCCAACGGGGGAAUCGGGUGCCACGGGAUCGUUCUCAACGUGGCCACAGUAGCUGGCGGGGACCUGGUCAUGACUGGAGCGUACGAAAGGGACGUCGUGAGCAAAGACGUUGCUGAGAAGGUGCUGGACGGACUGGUUGGGAGAUUAGAGGAUGUGUGCUCGGAAUCACGAACAGUGGGCUAG